GUGAUAUGCCUUUCCUUAUGUGGUAUUUUUGUUGAGUCCUAAACAACAUGGCUGAGUGUGACGAUCUCCCACUUGUCAUUCCGGUCCAAUCUUUGAGUGACCACUUUAUCUGUGCAGUAUGUAUGUCACAGAUGAAGGACAGCCACUUGACCCCCUGCGGACACCGUUAUUGUGGGGAUUGCAUCAAAGAAUGUGUGAACAGGCGGCACAAGUGUCCAUGUUGCAACAACAGGAUCCGAGUAAAUGAUUUGAUAAGAGAUCAUCAGUAUGAUGAACUUGUUUGUUUGUUUAACAGUGAAAGAGAAAAAGCAGAGAAGAAGUACUUCGAUAUCCUUAUCAAUAAAGCUGCUGAAACUAACCAAGAAGAAAGUCCAUCUAGUUUUUCACCAGUUGAAAAUGUUCUGAAAAACCAUGUAAAGAAGAGUUUGGUGGCACAUGAAAGAUAUUAUCAGGAAUUAAAACGUGAGCAUAAGCAGAAGCUGGCCCAGCUGGAUGCUGACCACCAAAGGUUGAUAGAAGAAGCUAAAAUGCAGGGGCUAACAGAUGAUGGUGAGAUACUAGUAAUUGAUAUCUAUGACUACAUAUUAUAUCUCUGA